GUGGUGUCCAGUGGCUACGGGCUUUUGCUUCAUGAUCUAUGGCUUGAUGGGGAUCAAUUGGGUGAUUGCGGGAUCUAUUAUUGAGGAGUUGUGGGCCUGGGAAGGGCUUGAUAGGAAAAGAAACACUGUAAAGCCAUGACUGUUUUUUAGAUUCUUUGGAAGGAAAGAAAUUGUAAAGCGUUUGAGGGUAAGGAAACUUACCUGUACAGGUUAAAGGACAAAUGUCUCCACUAUUUUGGUUUUAUUUUAUUAGGUCACGAUAUUAUUAGAGAUGUGGAUUUUGGAAUCGUCAUAGAUAUUUUAACACACUUGUAAAUUUUUUGUAUAUGAGUCGUACUCCCUUUUGAUGCCUUGUUAAUAUAAUUCUCACACUUUUUAUUUAAAAAAAAAAUGGUGGCGUGGAUCGGUGUUCAUGAUUCUAACCACAUCGGGAGCAGUUAAAUCUGUGUGUUUGGAUGGAUUGUGCAACUAAGGGACAGAAGCACGGUUAGGGUUUGCGUGAAUGCAAGGAGGUAGCUUCUGGUGAAGCAGAGAGUGGCACAGAGGAGCAGGCGGCUAGUGGACAACCAUGUCUUCGCAUCUCACUUAUCACUUCUGGUGGCGUAGCCACGUCUGAGCAACAGGAUGGAUGAUAGACUAUGGAACUGCUGGCAGACAAUGCGCGACUGUAGCUCUAUUCAUGUGGCAAAGGGGAAGUCGCGCAUUGUGCAGACAUAUGGUGGAGAUGCAGCUAGACAGGAAUGCACGUGACUGGAGAUGCGGCUGGAUCUGGUGUAGGUGAUGAAGGCUGGUUUGGCUGCUGCUGGUGGUUGGUGGCGGUGCUUGACGACUGAUCUAAGGUGGUAAGCUUAUGAAGGCUGGCCUAACAUCUUCAGGAUUUUUCUUUUCUAUUUCUCAAUAAAAACUGAAUUAGGAUUUAUAUAAGAGUAUAGAAUUUCUUUAUGCAGGGUUUUGAUACUAUAUUAAGAAUGUUGGAUGUAUUUUUUUAUUGAAUAUCACAACUCUAUAUAUACAGAUUUUCUCUGAUGAAAAAGAAAGUAGAUAAUUAAUUGUAUAAGGUGUAUUUGCCUUUUAUACCCUUUAACUUAAUUUAUUCUUUCUCCUACAUUAUUCUUAAGCAAUCAAAACAUAUUUUAUAAUCUUCAUUUCAAUGAAGGGCUUCACAUUUUUUUAUUAAUGCUGGGUAGUCAAGCAAAUGGAUAGAGAUUAUUUAGGGGACUGAACCAAUAGAAAUCUUUCUGUUAAUUUUAUUCAUAUUACUUUUAGUUUACUUUAUUCUAAAUUCAUUUUUUUCUGCCCUUAUAAAAUUAGAUCAUUUUAUUUGGAUCCUUAUUCACCUCUCUAGGUGCUCACCAUUUGCACUAACGUUUAGCACUUUAGUUUAUCUUCUUUUAUCCCCUUACAUCUCUUUUCCUUCUAAAUUUUUUAAUACCCCUUAUAGUUCUCUUUUAUCCUCGUUGUCUUCUCUCCCCCUGUCCCUUUUUUUUAAGAUAGGAAUUUUUAGUUCAAACAUUCUUUUCUGUAGUAAAUUUAAGAAUGAUUCUUAGGAGCAUGCAAAAGUGCUUUUGAAAGUCAAUAGUUCUUGAAAUAUGGCACUUAAUGUAGGGAUCUCUAGAUCUCAAUUUGAGCUGUCAAUAGAAAAUUUUGCUUUUGUACCAUAUGGAGAUUUCAGAUAUUAUGUUCUUUUAUUUCACAGGCUAAAAUGAGUUUGUCAAAGGAUUUUCCUUUUAAGUGUGAAUGAAUAUACAUAUUCGCUAGGUAAUUGUCCGGAAUCUACUAGUAGAUGAUUUUUAUGAUUUUUUCUUUUUCUGGACAUAUAGCCUCAAUUUAUUAUCCUUCGUCUUACAUGCAUUUCUGUGUAGGUCUGAAGUUUGCAGUUUUAAGUGUUAGAUCUAUAUGAUCAUUUUGUUGUGCUAGCAGCUUCAUGUUAAUCGAUUCUAAUUUUACCAGCUUACAGACUUUGGGCUAUCCAAAAUUGGCCUUAUAAACCAGACAAUCAAUUUGUCAGGACCUGAGACAGACUUAACUAGCGCAUCAGAUGCCCAUAGUUUGUAUGCUCAACAAACAGAGGAUACAAAUCGACACUCUGCUGUUGGGACGCCUGACUACCUGGCCCCUGAGAUUCUUCUUGGGACUGAGCAUGGGUAUGCGGCAGACUGGUGGUCAGUGGGAAUAAUUUUAUUUGAAUUGAUCACUGGAAUUCCACCAUUCAGUGCUGAUCGUCCAGAGAUCAUAUUCGACAACAUUCUUAACAGAAAAAUCCCCUGGCCACAUGUUCCUGGUGAUAUGUCCUAUGAGGCUCAGGAUUUUAUUAACAGGUUCCUUAUUCAUGAUCCAAAUCAGCGAUUAGGAGCAAAUGGAUCUGCAGAGGUAAAAUCUCAUUCGUUCUUGAAAGGAGUCAACUGGGACAACCUUGCAUUGCAGAAGGCUGUGUUUGUACCGCAACCUGACAGUAUAGAUGACACGAGCUACUUUGUUUCACGAUUUAGUCAUAUAUCUUCUGGAGUGCCUGAUGAUGAACAUUGCAGCAAUUCUGGUGCUGACAGUUGUGACUUGUGUUCGGAUUCUGGAGAUGAGAUGGACGAAUGUGGUGACUUGACAGAGUUUGCUUCUUCAAUUGAUCUGUCACUCAUGAACUUCUCUUUCAAGAAUUUGUCACAGUUGGCAUCUAUCAAUCAUGAGGUGCUCUUACAGAAUGGGAAAGAUUCUACAAAAGGCUCCUCCUCCCCGUCAAAGGGUUUAGGAACAUGACUACAGUGUCAACUAUGCGCACAGGAAACAAGGUUUUAUGAUGGUGAAAAAUGAAAGAAGAAAAGAGUACCCGGGUAGAAAGAAAUGAUUCAGAAAAGAGUGCCUAAACUGCUACCUUAGGGAUUUUGGUGUCGGCAGAAAAUUAAACAGCCACAAGUUUUCCUCCCAUAGAAAUGCACGUCCUUUUCUUCUUUUUCACUCUCCUAGUAUCAUCAGGCAGUCUAAUACAGUUAGAAUAGCAUUGUUUUGUUCCCUUUCAGAGAUAUAGAAAUCUUUUCCAGUUAAAAAUAAUGAUUAUGUACGAGGAUAAUUAAUAUUAGAACGACAAUUUAAUGUAUAAACUAUAAGUUUCAAACUGUUUCCCACAAAUGGGGAAUAAUGUUGAUAAAAGAAGGAAUAGUAUAGUUCCGAUUUGGAUGUUGGCUUUACCAAAUUUCCGAGACACUUGGGAGUAUGUCUGUGCAGGCGUGUAUCUAUGUAUGAAAUAAUUUUAUCUGUUCCGAACAGGAUUUAUGACUUAACUAGUUGCUCUUGUUUCUUCUGAUAA